CCACUAAAGAAAGAAAGAAAGUCAAACAUCGAGCGCUGCGUGUUCACAUCACUCUGAUUUUCUCUCUUGAGUGUUUUAAACACAGUGUUGUGUGUGUGUGUGUGUGUGUGUGUGUUGUUGAGAUGUUGAGGAUGACGUCACAGAUGUGCUGUAAAUCAGUGGGAACUGAUCUGUCCAUGCUGGAUAUUGAUGAUUUCAUCACAGAAAUCUGUCAGCUGAAGAAAGAGGUGGCGUUACUGGAGGAAAAGCUGAGGACAAGAGGAGAUGAACUCAACACUGAGAAGUCCAGACACACACAGGACUCGGAGCUCAGCCUCACUUUACUCUGUUAUACUGACACAAACCCCACAGACGCUCAGGACACUGUGUGUGACAGUAAUCACACCUUGAAUCAGGAUGAAUCUACUGAUCAAACCUCCACAGAGUCUCUGGAUUCUGUCUGUAACGCUGGAGAACAGCAGAUCCUGAACACCAGACCACUCAACAUGUGUUCUGUCACACUGAUGGAGAUUAAAACUGAACCCAUAGUAAAGGAAGAACCGACUGAUGAAGAUGAGCAUAAUGAUGAUGGUUUUAUUACUUCAGAUGAGAGCGGUGAUUCAUGUUGUGAUGGAGAAACGGCCUCUACAUCAAAACAGCGACUGACAGCACAAACUCUUUCCUGCAUCACCUGUGGAAAGACAUUCAGUUCACAGAGACGUUUAGAGACACAUGAGAGAAAACACACAGAACAGAAACUCUUCACCUGCACCAGAUGUGACAUCAGCUUUCCUACCUUACAAGAGAAGAAACUUCAAUCACAAGAGCACAGAGACCAGAAACACUUUCACUGUCAGCAGUGUGGGAAGAACUUUGCCUCGUCUUCUAAUCUGAAAAUUCACACGAGGACACACACUGGAGAAAAGUCUUUCCACUGCAGUGAAUGUGACAAAUAUUUCACCACCAAAGGAAAUCUUGUUAUUCAUCAGAGAAUUCACACGGGAGAAAAACCGUACGCGUGUCCUCAGUGUGACAAGAGAUUCAGCCACAAAUCCCAUUUGAUGAAUCAUGUGCGUGUCCACACCGAUGAGAGACCGUAUGAGUGCAGUGAGUGUGGGAAAACCUUUAAGCAGUCAAGUUCUUUACAGAGACAUGAAAAAACACACACCGGGGAGAAACUCUAUCAGUGUUCACACUGUGAUAAACGAUUCCGUGAUAAAGCUAAUCUGAUACGUCACGAGAGAGUUCACACUGGAGAGAAACCUUAUCACUGCAGUGUUUGUGGGAAGAGCUUCACUCAACAUAAUAACUUACUAGAGCACCAGAGAAUUCACACAGGUGAAAGACCUUACAAGUGUUCUCAGUGUGACAAGACCUUUGCUUAUUCAAAUGUCCUGAGAAUCCAUGAGAGACUUCACACUGGAGAGAAAUCUUAUCACUGCUCCAUCUGUGGAGAGAGAUUUGCUUAUUUAAAAAGUUUGAAGACUCAUCAGAAGAAACAUGCUGAAGAACAAACUGCACUGGAAUCAUCAUAGUGCUUUCUACUAUUUUUGUGUGUAGAGUCUAUAACCUUGCCAUGAAUGUGCCUAAAGGCUAUAUAACACGGCUAAAAGGAAUAUUAUUGUUUGUUGUUUUAGAUGUAAUGUAAUGUGUCUACAGGAUUUAAGGUUGAUAAACGCUGUAUUUUCCACACACCGUGCAUGUUUGUAUCUCCUCUUUGCUCCGCCUCUCUGA